AUGGCCGCCGUCCCAACCUACCAAGAUCUCGCCGCGAAGAAGCGCGCCGAGCAGCUCUCUCUAAUCCCACCGGAGUGGCGCUUCGACGAGAUCCCCUCCGUCGACUCAGCACCAGAUGCACUACCCUAUAUUCGCAAAUGCCUCACGCCCGCAGAACUAGCCCUGACAGAAGAAACCGACAUCACCAUCCUGCUCCGGAGACUAUCCUCCGGUGGACUCUCCUCACUGGAAUUAACUCGCGCAUUCGCAAAGCGUGCAGCCCUGGCCCACCAACUAACAACAUGCUGCACGGAGAUCCUCUUCGAAGACGCUUUCGCUACUGCCGCGAAGUUGGACGAAUAUCUAGAAAAGACAGGCAGGACCAUCGGUCCCCUGCACGGACUCCCAGUAUCUAUCAAAGAUCUGUUUUCUGUGAAAGGCGUUGAUACUUCCAUCGGAUGGGUCGGACUCACAAACAACCCAGCCCCGGCCGAUAAAUCCGUCGCCAGAACCCUCCGCCGCCUCGGCGCCGUUCUCUACGUGAAAACCAACCUCCCGCAGUCGAUGAUGAUGUCCGACUCCUAUAAUCACGUCUUCGGACAAUGCGUCAACCCACUCAACCGCAAUCUAAUCUCCGGCGGUAGUUCCGGCGGCGAGGGGUCGCUUGUCGCGGCGCGUGGCAGCGCCCUUGGCAUCGGGACUGAUCUCGGUGGUUCGAUUCGUAUUCCUGCUAGUUUAUGUGGACUUUAUGGCUUGUCGCCUAGUCCGGGGAGACAUCCGUACGAGCGGGGGCAUCCAGGACAGGAUAUUAUUCGGUCCGUUGCAGGCCCGAUGAGUUGUAGUUUGGCGACUGUUGAGCGCUAUAUGGAGACUUUGCCUUGUGCGGCGCCUUGGGAGUUGGAUCAGCAUACUGCUCCUGUACCGUGGAGGCGGAGUUUGGCUGCGCUUCGGCCGAAGAGAUUGAAGAUUGCGUUCUUGGUGGAUGAUGGGGUCAUUAAGGUGCAGCCGCCUAUUGAAAGGGCGGUUCGAGAGGUUGUUGCUGCGUUGAGGGAUAUUGGACAUGAAGUCAUUGAGUGGGAUGCUUCUUCUCACGAAUAUGCAUAUGAGCUCUGGGAAAAGGCUAUCUUGUCUGAUGGCGGCGAGGGGUGUCGGAAGAAGAUCGAGAUGACUGGUGAGCCUUUGGUUGAGGGCAUGCUGGUCGGAACGGAGAAGGAUAUUUUGACGACAUCUGAGACUCACCAGCUCAACGCCGAUAAGUACAUAUACGAGACAGAGUACCUUGAUCGCUGGGUCUCUUCCGGUAUCGACGCCAUCAUUAUGCCGAAUACCCCCUGGGUCGGAUACGAACCCGGGACUUGGGUCAAGUCCAAUGCCUAUGUUGGAUAUACCAGUAUCUGGAACCUUCUCGGUUAUGCUGCUCUCACUGUUCCUACCACGUCUGUCUCCAAGGAAAAGGAUGCACCGGGCAAAGAGUGGUUGGAUUAUGUGCCGCGGAAUGCCGGCGAUAAGUUCAAUAAGGAGCAGUAUGAUGUCGACAUGGUGGAUGGGAUGCCCGUCGGGGUCCAGGUUGUCGGUGGGCGAUUUGGCGAGGAACGGUGUAUUGGGGUGGCGAAGGCCAUUGAACAGGCGAUGAGAUGGAAAAACGCAGCUGCUCCGAGUCUCUAA